AUGUCUCGACUCACAUUGUGGGUUCGAGCUGGUUCCGACGGCCUGAGGUGUGGUGGAGAUCCAGCUGCACACCAACUUUUCAUGUUGAUGCUGUGGAAGUCUGAACUUGACCCUCAAUUGAAGUUUGACGUCAAGACCGUCAAUGAGGCUCGUCCGCCACAAGAAUUCAAAGACGUAUGUUCACAGCUGGGUCUGCGACGAACUCCGGCACUCCAGAUUGACGACGACACAGCCUUCUCAGUUGAAGACGACAUAAUCGAAGAGCUCGAUAGAUACGGUCCUCCUCGCAAUAGAUCAUCCGAAGCAGAAGAUGUUACCGCUGACCUCUUCAGGGUGUUUGCCUUCUUCAUAAAGGGAGUAGAGAAAGAGCCAAAAGCGCUUCUUGGAGAGCUGCAGAGGAUAGAUGAGUACCUCCAAACGACUGGCACCAGAUUCCUGAAUGGGGACGAGCCUUCUCACAUCGACUGCAUUAUUCUGCCUCGGUUACACUCCAUCAGAAUCGCCGCCAAGGUCCACUAA